AUGGACGGGGGCAAGGGACCCAGACUCAGAGACUUCCUGAGCGGGAGCCUGGCCACCUGGGCGCUGGGACUGGCUGGGCUGGUGGGAGAGGCAGAGGAGCCUGAGGAGGAAGAGGAGGAGGAAGGAGAGGGGCCCCUGUGUCCCGAGAAGAGGUUCUUGCGUCUCAGUGAUGGGGCCCUGCUGCUCCGGGUGCUGGGCAUCAUUGCCCCUGGUUCCCGAGGGGGCCCUCGGGUGGUCAGGGGCCAUGGUGAUCCGGCAGCCAGUCGGGUGCGGAACCUGAACCACCUGUGGGGCCGACUGAGGGACUUCUACCAGGAGGAGCUGCAGCUGCUGAUCCUGUCGGCACCCCCAGACCUGCAGGCACUGGGGUUUGACCCCUUCUCAGAGGAGGCCGUGGAGGAGCUGGAAGGCACCCUUCGGCUGUUGCUGGGGGCGGCGGUGCAGUGUGAGCACCGGGAACUCUUCAUCCGGCACAUCCAGGGCCUCAGCCUGGAGGUGCAGAGUGAGCUGGCCGCGGCCAUCCAGGAGGUGACCCAGCCGGGGGCGGGCACGGUGCUGGCACUGGCUGGGCCCGAGCCGGGGGAGCUGGCACCUGCAGAGCUGGAGAUGCUGUCCCGGAGCCUGAUGGGGACCCUGCUGAGACUGGCACGGGAGCGUGACCUGGGGGCCCAGCGGCUGGCUGAGCUGCUGUUGGAGCGAGAGCCAGCCCCCUUGUUGCCUGAGGCUCCUGCGGGGAUCCCUCUGGAGGGCCCCUCCAACCAUUUGGCCCUGCAGCUGGCCAACACCAAGGCCCAGCUGCGCCGCCUGCGCCAGGAGCUGGAGGAGAAGGCCGAGCUGCUGCUGGACUCCCAGGAGGAGGUGCAGGGCUUAGAGGCCGAAAUCCGAAGGCUCCGGCAGGAGACCCAGGCGCUGUCGGGCCAGGCCAAGCGGGCCGAGCUGUACCGCGAGGAGGCAGAGGCGCUGCGGGAGCGCGCGGGCCGCCUGCCCCGCCUGCAGGAGGAGCUGCGGCGCUGCCGGGAGCGGCUGCAGGCGGCCCAGGCCUGCCAGGGCCGGCUGGAGGAGGAGCGGGCGCUCUCCGGGACCCUGGAGGCCGCGAAGGCGCUGCUGGAGGAGCAGCUGGAGGCCGCGCAGGAGCGCUGUGCGCGGCUGCAUGAGACGCAGCGCGAGAACCUGCUGCUGCGGACCCGGCUGGGCGAGGCGCACGCGGAGCUGGACUCGCUGCGGCACCAGGUGGACCAGCUGGUGGAGGAGAACGUGGAGCUGGAGCUGGAGCUUCAGCGGAGCCUGGAGCCGCCGCCGGGCUCCCCUGGGGAGUCACCCCUGCCGGGAGCGGCCCCCUCCAUACAUGAUGAAGUGAGGGAGGCAGAGGCCGGGCAGCUGCGGACCCUGGAGCGGGAGAACCGGGAGCUUCGAGCCCUGCUGCAGGCGUUACAGGGGCAGCCAGGCGGCCAGCGCCCCCUGCUGGAGGAGCAGAGUGAGGACGCCAUGGUUCCCGUGCUGGCUGUGGCUCCCCAGACCUGCCGGGCCUCAGGCCACGGUCCCCAGGGCUUGGUUGGCCACGCGGGGGAUGAAGACCCUCAGGCCUUGGACGUGGCUCCCCCGGCAUCAGACUCAGCCCUCAAGGGGUCAGCUGAGUGUCCCCGGACAUCUGAAUCAGACCCUCCGGUGACGCAGAGGCCCCUUCAGACGGCUGCCAUGGCCCCCCAGACCUUGGACCUGGCGCCCCAGGACUCAGGCCCCUCUGUGGAGACACAGGAGUCCCUGGAGGAGGCCGGCCACGGAGCCCCUCUCCAGACCCCUGCCUCUGUGACCCCACCUCAGGGUCCAGACGUCAAAGCUCAGGCCCAGCUGUUGUUGAGAGAAGAGACUGGGGAGUCAGCGCCCAAGGCCCAGGGGCUCAGACAGGAGGCCCCUGAGAGCCAGCCGGAACCCACAGAGGCCCGCCCCCGGGGGCUGGAGGAGCAGCAGUCCCCUGGCCAGAGGCUGCACCUGCCCCCGGAGCACACAGAGGCCGGAGAGCAGCAGCCGCGGCUGGAGGGGAUGACCAGGGACCCAGCUCAGAAGCCGGAAAUGGCUCCCAAGGCCCAGGCCUUGGAGGGACCAGUCCCAGGGGAGAUCUUGACCAGUGGUGACCCAGAGCAGGAGGCCCUCAGGGAGGAGGUGGCUCGGCUGAGGAGAGAGGCUGAGGCCCUCCGAGCUGAGCUGGAGGUCCAGGCUCGGAGGCUGGAGGCCCGAGGCACGGAGGCUGCUCGCCUCUCCGAGGAGCUGGCUCAGGCGCGGAGGGCAGAGGCCGAGGCCCACGGGGAAGCAGAGGCCCGGGUCCAGGAGCAGGCCCGGCUGCGGGAGGCGAUGGAGGCAGCCCGACGGGAGCUGGAGGCGGCAUCCCGGGAGCGGGAGGCGCUGGCAGAGGCCCUGGCGGCGGCAGGCCGAGAGCGGAGGCAGUGGGAGCGGGAGGGACCCAGGCUGCGGGCCCGGGCCGAGGCCGCCGAGGAGCGGCUGCAAGCACUGGAGCACGAGAGCCAGCAGCGCCUGGAGGAGGCCGAGAGGGAGCGCCGGGAGAGGCAGGCCCUCAAGGAGGAGCUGGAGAAGGCUGUGGUGCGGGGCCAGGAGCUGGGGGCCCGGCUGGAGCGUCUGCAGAGGGAGCUGGAGCAGGCGACUCUGGAGCGCCAGGAAUUUCUCCAGGAAAAAGAGUUUCAGCAACAGAGGUACCAGGGCCUGGAGCAGCGGAUGAAAACGGAGCUGCAGGCUGCGGCCACCAGCAAGGAGGAGGCGCUGAUGAAGCUCAAGGCGAGGGCCCUAAAGCUGGAAGAGGAGCUGUCCCAGCUGCGCCAGGGCCCUGUGGGGCGGGAGCCCAAGGAGCAGGCUGAGCCGAGGACCACGGAGGCCCAGAGCGGGCGGCUCAUCGAGGUGGAGCGCAGUAAUGCAACGCUGGUGGCCGAGAAGACGGCUCUGCAGGGGCAGCUGCAGCUCCUGGAGGGGCAGCUGGGAAGCCUGCAGGGGCGGGCCCAGGAGCUGCUGCUGCAGAGCCAGCAGGCACAGGAGUACAGCAGUCGCCUGCAGGCCGAGAAGUCUGUCCUGGAGCUGCAGGGCCAGGAGCUGCACAAGAAGCUGGGGGUGCUGGAGGAGGAGGUGCAGGCCGCGCGGCGGUCCCAGGAGGAGACGCGCGGGCAGCAGCAGGCCCUGCUGCGGGACCACGAGGCGCUGGCCCAGCUGCAGCGGCGGCAGGAGGCCGAGCUGGAGGGGCUGCUGGCCCGGCACCGAGACCUCAAGGCCAACAUGCGGGCCCUGGAGCUGGCCCACCGGGAGCUGCAGGGCCGGCACGAGCAGCUGCAGGCCCAGAAGGCCAACGUGGAGGCGCAGGAGUUGGCCCUCCUGGCGGAGCGCGAGCGCCUGAUGCAGGACGGCCAUCGGCAGCGGGGCCUGGAGGAGGAGCUGCGGAGGCUGCAGAGCGAGCACGACAGGGCGCAGAAGCUGCUGGAAGAGAUGUCCCGGGAGCGAGGGGAGCUGCAGGGUGAACGCGGGGAGCUGCGGGGCCGGCUGGCGCGGCUGGAGCUGGAGCGGGCGCAGCUGGAGAUGCAGAGCCAGCGGCUGCGCGAGUCCAACCAGCAGCUGGACCUGAGCGCCUGCCGGCUGACCACGCAGUGCGAGCUGUUGACGGAGCUGCGGAGCGCCCAGGAGGAGGAGAACCGGCAGCUGCUGGCCGAGGUGCAGGCCCUGAGCCGGGAGAACCGGGAGCUCCUGGAGCGCAGCCUGGAGAGCCGGGACCACCUGCACCGAGAGCAGCGCGAGUACCUGGACCAGCUCAACGCCCUGCGUCGGGAGAAGCAAAAGCUGGUGGAGAAGAUCAUGGACCAGUACCGUGUGCUGGAGCCGGGGCCCCUGCCCCGGACCAAGAAGGGCGGCUGGCUGGCAGACAAGGUGAAGAGGCUGAUGCGGCCCCGGCGGGAGGGGGGCCUCCAUGGGGGGCCACGCCUGUGGGCCAACGGGGCUGGCAGCACCGAAAGCCUGGGGGGCCCCCCAGAGAUGGAGCUCUCCGAGGGCAGGGAGGCGGAUGGGCCAGGGUCCCCUUCACCCGCACCCAUGCGCCGGGCCCAGAGCUCCCUCUGCCUGCGGGAUGAGACCCUGCUGGGCGGGCGGCGGCGGAAACUCAGCUCCAGAUUCCCCGUGGGGCGAAGCUCGGAGUCAUUCAGCCCCGGGGACACCCCCAGGCAGCGAUUCCGACAACGCCAUCCGGGCUCCCAGAGCAAAGGACCUGGCGUGGGAUGGGAUGGCUCCAUUGAGACCCUGGCGGAACACGAAGCAGGUGCCGGCCGAGAGGGCCUCGAGGUGCAGGAACCGGAGAAGCACCCUCUCACCCCUUCCCUCAGCCAGUGACACCGCGAGGACUGGAAGCUUGGGGAUGCGGGCCUUUCGCCGCUGGAGUCCCAGCGGGGGCCCCAGACAGCCCACGAAUGUGGGGAGCCAGGGUG